AUGAACGCCAUCGUUGCGCUCUGUCACUUCUGCGAGCUGCACGGCCCCCGCACGCUCUUCUGCACAGAGGUCCUGCAUGCCCCGCUGCCACAGGGGGCUGGUAGUGGGGAUGGCACUGGCCGGGGUGAGCCUGCGGACGAGGAGGAGGGCGGCAUCCAGAUGAGCAGUCGCAUCCGUGCGCACAGCCCAGCAGAAGGCGCCAGCGCGGAGUCCAGCAGCCCAGGGCCCAAGAAGUCGGACAUGUGUGAGGGCUGCCGGUCACUUGCUGCGGGGCACCCUGGCUACAUCAGCCAUGACAAGGAGACCUCGAUCAAGUAUGUCAGUCAUCAGCACCCCAACCACCCCCAGCUCUUCAGCAUCGUCCGCCAGGCCUGUGUGCGGAGCCUGAGCUGUGAGGUCUGCCCUGGCCGCGAGGGCCCCAUCUUCUUUGGGGACGAGCAGCAUGGCUUCGUGUUCAGUCACACGUUCUUCAUCAAGGACAGCCUGGCCCGGGGCUUCCAGCGCUGGUACAGCAUCAUUGCCAUCAUGAUGGACCGCAUCUACCUCAUCAACUCCUGGCCCUUCCUGCUGGGCAAGAUCCGUGGGAUCAUCGACGAGCUCCAGGGCAAGGCGCUCAAGGUGUUUGAAGCAGAGCAGUUCGGGUGCCCGCAGCGUGCCCAGAGGAUGAACACAGCGUUCACCCCGUUCCUGCACCAGAGGAAUGGCAACGCCGCCCGCUCGCUGACGUCCUUGACCAACGAUGAUAGCCUGUGGGCCUGCCUGCACACCUCCUUUGCUUGGCUCCUGAAAGCAUGCGGCAGCCGGCUGACUGAGAAGCUCCUGGAAGGCGCACCCACCGAGGACACCUUGGUCCAGAUGGAGCAGCUUGCGGAGUUGGAAGAGGAAUCAGAAAGCUGGGACAACUCUGAGGCUGAAGAGGAGGAGAAAGGCCCUGCCCUGCCAGAGGGGGCAGAGGGGCGGGAACUGACCAAGUGCCCAGUGGAGUCUUCCUUGCUCUCAGACUGUGGAGCUUGGCAGCCACGGAAGCUCUCCGUGUUCAAAUCUCUUCGGCACAUGAGGCAGGUCCUGGGUGCCCCGUCUUUCCGCACACUGGCCUGGCACGUCCUCAUGGGGAACCAGGUGAUCUGGAAGAGCAGAGAUUCAGACCUCGUCCAUUCAGCCUUCGAAGUCCUUCGGACCAUGCUGCCCGUGGGCUGUGUCCGUGUCGUCCCCUACAGCAGCCAGUACGAGGAGGCCUACCGCUGCAACUUCCUGGGCCUCAGCCCCCACGUGCAGAUCCCUCCCCACGUGCUGGCCUCAGAGUUUGCUGUGGUCGUGGAGGUCCACACGGCCACUCGCUCCAGCCUCCAAGCAGUCGGGUGUGAGGGUGAGCAGCCUCUCAGCAAGUACGAGUUUGUGGUGACCAGUGGGAGUCCUGUAGCCGCAGACCGAGUCGGCCCCACCAUCCUGAAUAAGAUGGAGGCUGCUCUGACCAACCAGAACCUGUCCGUGGAUGUGGUGGACCAGUGCCUCGUGUGCCUCAAGGAAGAGUGGAUGAACAAAGUGAAGGUCCUUUUUAAAUUCACCAAGGUGGAUAGUCGGCCCAAAGAGGACACGCAGAAGCUCCUGAGUAUCCUUGGAGCGUCUGAGGAGGACAACGUUAAGCUGCUCAAGUUCUGGAUGACAGGCCUGAGCAAAACCUACAAGUCACACCUCAUGUCCACAGUCCGCAGCCCCACGGCCUUGGAGCCUCGCAACUGA